CAACUUUUACACAAUUUCUCUAAAGGACUCUCGGUCCAUGUCAUCGCGACAAUUCCUCAUGUUCGUUUCUAGUCAUGGCUGAUAUAAUCAUGGCUGAUACGCCUGCGAGCGAUCCAGCGACCCCGUUUUCCCUUCGUCCGCGUUUCAAGAUCUCAGAUCUCCCUCUCGUCAAAGAACAACGAUCAACCAUAGAUGCGCUCCUUCUGAAGUUCAAAAAGCAGGGUGGCUAUGAUAGUCUCAGAAAACAAGUAUGGGCAUCGUACAACACUUCUGACGCAAAAACUGCCCUGGCAGACAAAAUUUACGCUAUUGCGGAAGCCGAGAUUGAGAAAGACCCGAACCUACUCAGUCGGGAACGUGGAAAGGCUGCAACGCUGAUUCAAGGUGCUGUUGAUCGGAGUGGCAUUUAUCAAGAUGUGGAAUCUCGCAUUGAUACUGAAAUUGCGAAACACUUGAACAACGUACUAGAUGCUGUCCGCGAAAUCCGGAAAACAGAUAUCGGCCUUGAGGCUGCGGCAGAGGAGGAGCAGCGGGGUAGCAAGACGGAUGAACAGUACAAAGCAGAAACCGAGAAUCGCGCUGCUGAAAGAGACCGAAAUAGGAAUCGCAUGGAGCAACUGCUUCGUGAGACUGCUGAGCUGAAAGCUAAGAUCAAGCAGGAAGAGGAAAGGAAACGGAAGAAAGAGGAGGCGAAGCGCGAGGAGGAAGAAAGGAAGAAGCGUGAAACUGAAGAGGAGGAGAGAAGACUCGCCCGACAAAAGAGACGAGAAGAGGAAGAGAAGCGAGAAGCCGAGAGAAUAAAGGCGAGAGACGAAAGACAUCGAAAGCGCGAGGAAGAGAGAAAGGAAAGAGAGGCUCGUUAUGAGAAAGAAAGAGAGCGCGAGAGGGAAAGAGAUCGUGAACGCCGUGAGCGUGACAGAGAUCGCGAUCGUGAUAGAGAUCGCGAUCGUGAUAGAGAUCGCGAUCGAGACAGAAACAGGGAGCGCAGAAGAAGCCCAGAGCGGCGAGCAUCGCGCACCGAAUCGAUGAUUGCGAAGGAUCUUCCCACCGACGAAAAAGAUCUCGAAGCGACUGCUCUUGAACUACUCUUGAGCGAGGGCAAGCGACUGGCCGAAAAAUCAAAGCAAAGACCCGAAUAUGAUUUCCACAAGUCAGAAGUGCACGACCUAUCUCGAAGACAUGGUGUCUCUGAUCGAUACUCUGGUAGACGGGAACGGUCUCGCGACAGCUAUAGGCGAGAACGAGACAGAGAGCGAAAAAGCAGAUCUCGUGACAGACGAGCCUCAAUUCAGAAGGAGAAAACGCGCACACCCAGCAAAGACCGUGAAGAAGGUGAAGCACGGAGUCAACAAGAGUCCCCGUCACCAACUCGUGAGACAGAGAAACCAAAGACCAGGAGGAUGCGAUCUGCAUCUCCAGUGGGCAUUGAUCGCUAUGUACCUGGUGGAGGCGUUCACCGUACCGAGGAAGAACGUGAGCGUCACAAGGACAGGCGAAGAACCCGCGAGAGCGACAAAGAUCGCGAACCUAGAACCCUCCCCGAUAGUCAUCGUCCUGGCCGAGAUGGUGAUGGAGAGAGAGACAGAGAUCGUGACCGGGACCGGGACCGGGAUCGGACUCGAGAUCGAGAAGCUGGUCAAGACCGACAUGAUCGUAGGGGCAGAAGUCGAGAUGUUGAGCGUGAUCGCGGCGACCGAGAGAGAGAACGAGACAGAGAUCGGGACCGCGACAGGGACAGAAACAGAGAGAGGAGUAAGGACAGACGUAGGGACAGAAGCCGAGAACGAGAACAAGAUCGAGACCGCGAUCGAGACAAGUAUCGCGACAGAGAUCGUGACCGAGACCGUGACAGAGAUAGGGACAGACGAGACCGAAGUCCUCGACGAAGAGAUGAUGAUCGACGGGACGAUCGCAGAGACAGUCGACGUGACCGAGACAGAAGUGACGUUCGACGAGAACGUGAGCCAAUUCAGAUUGAUCGAUAUGUACCCGGCCGAUAGUUGUCACCGGCACCUAUUCGAAUGGGUUGCUAUAUGGUGAUACGAAUACUCAGCACAAAGUCAUUGCUCUUGCCAUCAGUGGUCGAUUUGGCGCCCCUGCCGACUGCAGCAAGGAAGUCUGGUCUGCCUCAUUCAAGCCUAUUUUAUCAGCAUGCUUUCGAUAGUUGAUUUCGGUAUUUGACCUUGGUCGCAGGUCUGCCGAUAAGCCUUGGAUCAUUGCCUUUUCCAUCAGAAGAAUACUACGCAGAUUGUUGCCUUGUUUGGUCCAUAUCGAUAUGUGGACAUAGUAUAGUCUGGGCGAGAAAGACAUGCCUAGUAUGUGAUCACGUUCUGUGCUUGGGAUAUCAGCCGCGGGUCAAAAAGGGACCAGAGGGUAGUGUGCACACCUUGAGCUAUUGCGGCCUGCAACUCCCCUCCGCAACACAAGAGGCAUAUCUCCUCCCAGACCCUGAUGGCUCGAUUAUUGUCAUGUCGGACUCGAAUCAACCAACGUCCUCCCUGCUGGUUUUCCGCAUCUUCCCAGAGUGGCUUGACGCCGGCACGGAAUAUAUGGAUACUGUCGUUUUGUCGUAUCUGCAGCCACGGCAUGUUGUUGAAGAUGCGAUAGAACUUGCCGAUAUCUGAUACGUCGUCGACGAGCGGGGUGAGGAGGUAUUGAUGCUGCGGGUCUGGUUUGGAAUGCCACACGGCCCAGUGGUACUGGAAUGGGAGUGGACGGAGUUUCGUGAUGAGCUGUUUGUGCAGAGAAGAGGAGCGACGUGGGAGUGAUGGACGUGAUAUAUUUGCUUCUCCUCCUCGUUCUCCAGUAGAUUGGCCUGUCGAGGGGACAGGCGACCGUCGGGGCGAGAGGAGGGCCGUGCCUGUGGUUGUUGGAUAUACUGAACCCAUUGUCCUCACACUGGUUAUGCAGUAUCCUAAAUUGAAAAAGGGCGAAAGGAAGGUGUGUGUGUACGUGCUUGAUCAUGAACGUCUUCCACUUCCACGAAGAAAU